AUGGUGACUUCGAGAAUACCGGCUUAUUCUCUCAAUUCGGAGUUCAACAGGGAGUUCAGAAGUUUUCGAAUCACGCGGGCCACCCCUCGCUCGACCCUCUACGCGCCUGCCAUCGUUCCGAUACACGAGUACCCUAGGGUGAGCGUGCACGAACGGAGAGAGGCGCUCAAAGCCGCUCUAGCCAAGGCUUGGUCUUCCAAGAGCAGCGACAAAAAGAAACACGACACAUGGACAGCGCCCAGCGAACAGAGCAGGGCCGGCAUAACGGCCGCGGACUUUGUCGCAAAAACGCCGUAUAAAAACGGAGCGAAUCAUGAAGAGGUUUCGCGUGUCGCACUCGUCAGACACGAAUUUGAAAGCAAAGAAGCAGAGCGUACAGCGAUGAGCCGAAUAGAAAACGGCCAACCGGCCAGCUUCACUUACGGCCGAUACAAUGGGAACGGCGUGGACAUACAGGAAACGCUGAAGAAUAACUGUGAUAAAGGGUUACACAAUAAGGAUUUAAAUUUUAGCGAUUAUCUCAACAAUGUUCCUAAAUGUAAAUCAAGCUUCGAGAGUAAUUUUAUUAUGCACGGCAGAGACGAGCGUCACAACAAACGAUACGAUGCCUCAUCUAAACGAGUCGACGAGGACGUCAACCUGAACGUCGAAUAUAAGAGCCAGAAUGGAGAGACACUCGAUUCUGUGAAAUAUUCGCGAAUCGCGAACGGUACGGAGUCGGUGCAAUAUAAAAGUUACGGUAAAGCGGAGACCGUUAAGAGCAAAUUGCUCAGCACAGAUGGUCCAAAAAGCGUGACGUCUUGCAACGGCGAGAAACCGAAUGGUUACAGUUGCUCGGAACGAAGGAAUGACCAGCAGAGGCCGCUCACCAGUGGCCCCAAGUCGGUCGUCGACCAGCGGUUAGCUGAACGCCUAGAAGUUAAGGUCGCGGAGUUGCCAGCGCUUUACCUCGGUGUGGACUCUUGGACGCCCAAGUCAGCCGCUUUCCAGAAGAGUAUGCGCGAGCACGAGUGGAGCGUAUCGUAUGUACACACGGGAUCUCGACAUUUCUUUUACUAA